AGAGUACAACAAACACAUAAAAAGGAGCACCAAGUGUGUAUGUGAAAGAAAAAAAAAGUAUAUCUCACCGAAUAACAACAAAAAAAGGAACUACGACGACGACAACGACGACGUCGAAAAAAAAAACUACUACAUGAAGCGAGAAUUCUUUAUUCGCGCGCGCGUUCAAUCUCUCAUGUAAAUGUGGCUAUUACACAUUUUAGUGUGGUGCUGCUGCUAGUUACAUUUUUUUUUUCGUUCGGUUUCAAUUUAAGUUCGUUUUGUGUGUUUGAUUUGUAACAACAACACAUCAAACAAAAAAUUAAGAGAAGAAAUAAUAUUAAUAUUCAUCGGUCAUAACUCGGCCAUUCGGUGUUGUUUAUGUGUGUGUAAUAUUUCUUUCCAUUUACUCUCAUCACGCUUCUGAAAUGAAAUUAUCGAAUUAUUGUGCAGCAAUCAGCAUAAUUAUCGAACUAAAUCAGAUCAAGCAGCAACACUGGCGACGCGAUACAUACGAUUGUUGUUGUUGUUAUUAGUUUGUGUCACUGUUCACACCGAAAGAGAGAACGGAAUAGUGUGUGCAUAUCCGAUAUAAAAUUCGCCGAAAGAAUUUGUUUGUCAGUUGUCCAACAGUGACGACAACGUGAAACAGAGCAACCAGAGAACCAUAUUAAACAAAAACUCAGAAAACAAAACAAAAAAACGCUUUUGGAUUAAAUCGGAAAUAAUAUCAGAAACUCUGUCAUCGAAACCGAUAUACAGAAACUAAAGGAAGCACACCGAAUUCACCGAAUAAAAACGUUGUGUGUUUUUCUUUUUUUUUUCUUCGCUACUCAGCCUAACAUCGGGUCUUGUGUGUUGUGUCGGCUUGUGACAGUCAAUACAAUCGGGUCGGUCGAAACCAAACAAACAACAAUUUAUAGAUUUAUUUCAUGUGUUUUGUGUGUGUACAUCAUCACAUUUAGGACGCGCGCUCCAAAUCUCAGUUUGAGAAAUACGGAAUUUUGUGCAUUUCAAUUUUUUUUUCUCGUGUGGAUAGAACCCAAAAAAAAAUAAAUACAACACACGAAGAAACAGGCGUCGGUGAAAAGAGGCAUCGAAUUAACAAAAAAAAUUAGAAGAAACGAACUCGACUGAAGGAAUCAGAACAGACACUCAUCACGGCGCGAAACACGACGAAUACACAUCGUCGUUGAAAACUGCAAACUUUUUUUUGAUUUGCGUUAAUUAUUUCGAAUCGCAUUUUUUUUUUUUAUUUCUCUUCUAUAAAACACAAAUCCAGUCCUGGGUGUGCGUACGCAAUUCACGUAACGCCUCCCAAAAUUGUAAAAGACGGGCGCGCAAUGCGUGGCGAUUCACAAGACGUAAGUGCUGAAGUUUGGCAAGAAUGGAUAUUGGAGGCGAUACGAAAGAUUCGAUCACAAAAACAACGACCAUCCACACAGAGAAUAUGUCAGGCGAUCGGCAGCCACCAUAAAUUUCACGAAGACAUUGUUGCUGCUAAAUUGGAAGCGGCUGUUGCAAAUGGUGCCGUUAUAAAACUAUACAAUAAGGGUUUGCAUUCGUAUAAGGCGCCGGUGGCGAGAAAAAGUGUAAAUAUAGCAAAAGAUACGGAUAUUACGCGGUUAGUGGUAAAAGCGGUACGCGAACUCGGCGAAUGUGAUGGUUCAAAUGCGAAAAAAAUUGAAAUCUAUGUACAAAAAUCCAAUAAUAUUGUGUUGACAGACGAUACGGUCGAUUUUCGGGUGAUUGUUAAAAAUGCAUUGCGAACGGCGGUGGCCAAAGAGUUUCUCGUGCAAGAGGGUAAACUGUACAAAGUGGGCAAAGUGUCGUUGACAUCGCCGCGAAAGCGACGCUCAACGUCACCGCGCAAAAAACCCGGCACAACGGCCGGUGAUAGUAGUGGUGGUGGUGGUGGCCCGAUCGCCGGCAUCAGCAACGACAAAUCCAUUCUGGCCAACGACUCAACAGACUCAUUCACCGGCACAUCGCUUAAUACGAGCAAAACGAGUGUUUGCAUCGAGUGCCGUGGCACAGCGGCUAAGGGUCCAACCGGAACGGCCGAAUUGUUGAGCUCAUGCUGUGGCUGUGGUCUAUCGUUACAUUCGUCAUGCGCCAGUAAAUUGGCCAAUUUGGCAUCAAACAUUGUUCCACUAUCGAUUCUUGUAAAGAAAGGUAGCAAAUGGUGGUGUAAACAGUGCCAAUCAACAUGUAGCGCAUGCAAAACGUCCGCCACAUCUGCACAUAGUAAUAGUAAAGGAAUUUGUAUGCUAACCUGCUGUACUUGUGAUAAGAACUAUCAUCUAUGUUGUUUAGAUCCAGUGCCUGUGAAAAAGCCAAAGUGCCCAUGGAGGUGUCGCCAUUGUUUGGAACAUCAUGACAAUGAGUUGAAAAAAUCGUCUAGUCGUAAAUCAGCCAAUUCACCAUUAUCCGCGCGAAAAAAGAUCAACAAAUUUCAACCACAUAAAAGUGUUGAUAAAAAGAAACAGCUCAGAGUGGAUUCGAUGCUACAGAGUGCAGCGUUUCGAACGCCGGAAAAUGUAUCAUCGUCACGAAUAUCGGAGCGAUUGAUAUCGUCAACGCCACUCAACAGUAGUAGUUCGUAUCAAAAGAAAUCGACAAAUGCACGUCGAAGAAUUGUACCUGCAACGCAAACAAAUCGAUUGACAUCGAGCGAAUCGAGCGACGACGAUGACGAAGACGACGACGACGAUGACGAUGAUGAAGACGAUGAUGAUAACGACGACGAUGAUGACGACGAAGAGGUGGAAGAUGAUGAUGACAGCGAGGAUGAGGAGAGUGAAAAUGAUGACAUUGACAUCGACAUCGAUACAUCACCGCAACAGCAGCAGCAACAACAACAACAACAACAACAGCGGCGCAUUUGCAACAAUGAUCCAGCUGAUUUCACCAUCAACGAUACGCAUUUAAUGGGUAAACAAAACUUUUCCUCCUCCUCCUCCAAAAUACAUUCAGUUGCGUCGCGAAAUUCGUCUCUAGCCAUUAGUUGUCGAAUUGUCGGGAAUGAUAAUCAAGCCACGCAUUCGCUACAACCACAUUUAGGAAAGAAUGUGCGAAUGUCCAAAGAAAAGCAGAAAUUCUUUCGACAUUCGGCAUUCAAUAGCGAACGAAUCCAAAAAACGUCACCCACUUCAACCAACUCAGCAACAACAAAUCGAGCAGCAUCGAGCUCCAGCAGUGACGAUGACGAUGAAGAAGAGGACGAUGACGAUGAUGAGGAAAGUGAUAGCUCGUCGGAAUCGUGUAGUUCGAGCAGUUCCUUUAAUUCGGAUAGCAGUUCGUCCAGUGAUUCGGUGUCGUCAGACGAUGAUUCGGAUGACAAUGACCAAAAUGCGAACGGCGCCAGUACAAACAGCAAAGCAAGCGCCACAGCGACCAAGACCAACACCACCAACACCACCAACACCGGUACCAGCAAGCGGUCUAAGGAUUCGAUCAUUGAUGCGUCCAGCACAUCGUGGGGCUUUGCCGCCGAAGCGAAAAAGAAUUUCGACAUAUUCCGUCGGUCAACGAAUGCCUUAAGUGAACGUGUUUUUGGUAAUUUUGAUGGUGUCGACAAGGAAUCACUCGUCAAAACCAGCUCCAAUUCCAAGCCAAAUUCACGACUCUCCGCCCAACAACAGGCAGCAGCGACGGCGGCCAAUUCAAGCCUGCUAAUGCCCGCAUUCACCAACAACAAAGGCAAUGCCAGCGAUGGCAACAAAACGAGCGGCCGACGAAAAAUCAAAACUCAAUCACACACCAACAAAGAUAACAACCAUACGGAUAGUCAUCACCAUCACCAUCAUCAAAAGGAUGGCACUGGUCGCACUGAGAAAAAGACUGAAUUUAGUAGUUUCCUUAAAACGAAAAAUAAUCGAAAACUGAACGCGUUUGCUGUGUGCGACAGUAGCGAUGCAACGGACUCAAAAGAUCUGUUCACACGACCGAAGACGAGCGGCGCCGCAGUAGCAAAAGCAACAGCGACGGCGGCGGCGGCGGCGGCAUCGUCGUUGUCGUCGUCGUCGUCGUCCAGCAACGCUCUGUCUUCGUCUUCUUCGCAAAGUUUCGGUAGCAAUCGUGGUAGCAAUAGCAGUGCCAGCAUAUCCAAACUUCGUUUAAACAAUAACGUACAUAGUAGCAAAUUAAAUAAACAACAGCAAAUCCACUCCGAUACCACCCAGCCACCAUCGUCGCGUACACAUUCAAAGGACACAAUGAAUCAAAGAGUGGUGGCCAGUGCUACUGCAGCAACAAACAACUCCUCCUCCUCCAUAAAUAACAAUAGCAAUAGCAUACGAAAUAAUAAUACAAACAAUUCAAAUAAUAAUAAAUCGCCGGGAACGCCGCGACGCGUUGCAUUAGUAUCGCUACCACUUGAUCCGUCAAAUAAAAACCGCUACGAUUCAUCGAGCGAAGAUGAUAUACCCUAUUUAACGACGACGCCAUCAACAUCACACCAAUCCGAUAAACAUGCAAAAUAUUCAUUGGAUUUUGCGUCGCUAGUUGCAGGGAUUGAUUCACAUACCAAUGUUAAUAGCGGUGCCGGCCACCAUCAUCACCAUCACCAUCAUCACCAUCACAAAAGCGGUGUUGGUGGUGGUGGAGGCGAUGGUGGCAGCAGCAACAGCUGUGCCGGUAUCCGAUCAAUCCCUGAUCCGUUAGGAAUUUCGUCAAAUUAUCCAAUGUUGUCGUCAUUGUCACCGCACACGCCACCAUACAACAAAAAUCAAUCAAUGGAAAAACAACCGCUUCCGCCAGGCGUGACGCAAAGGGAUGCCGAUCUCUUCAAGGAGGUGCAAGAGAAAGCUGUCGAUACGGUGACGGAGAUAAUGAAUGCAAACGGUGGCCAAAUCAAUCUGGCGAUUGGCCAGGGUGCGAGCAAUUUAAGCACAUGCCUUUUGUCAUCAUCAUCGCUGGCGAUGGCCGCACAAGCACGUUGCCCAUCUGCCAUCGAAUUUGGCCAAUGGCACAUCGAAACAUGGUACUCCAGCCCAUUCCCACAAGAAUAUGCACGACUACCGAAGCUGUUUCUUUGCGAAUUUUGUUUGAAGUACAGCAAAAGUAAAGCGGUUUUGGAUCGCCAUCAGGAGAAAUGCACAUGGCGUCAUCCGCCCGGUACCGAAAUCUAUCGCCGCGAAGAUAUUUCAGUGUUCGAAGUGGAUGGCAAUGUGAAUAAAUUGUAUUGCCAAAAUUUGUGCCUGCUCGCCAAACUGUUUCUCGAUCACAAGACACUGUACUAUGACGUUGAACCGUUUUUGUUCUAUGUGAUGACAAAAAAUGACCGCAAGGGUUGCCAUUUGGUUGGUUAUUUCUCUAAGGAGAAACAUUGUGCGCAAAAGUAUAAUGUGUCGUGUAUCAUGACAAUGCCACAGUAUCAACGACAGGGUUUUGGUCGUUUUCUGAUCGAUUUUAGCUAUUUGCUGAGCCGGGAAGAAGGCCAGCCGGGAACACCAGAGAAACCACUUUCCGACCUGGGUCGUGUUUCAUAUCAUGCGUAUUGGAAAUCGGUUGUGCUUGAUUAUCUGCAUAAAAAUCGCAACCAAUCAAUCACAAUGCAAGCAAUUGCCAAUGAAACCGGUCUCUAUGUGCCCGACAUUGCGCUAGCGUUUCAAUUAUUGCAUUUUGUGCGAUGCAUUAAGCGAGAUGGUGACUUUAAGUAUCAGAUUCUCUUUUCGAUCAAUUGGGACAAAGUGAAUGCAUAUCAUGAGCGAACGCUGAAACAGAAAAAUCGCAUUUACAUCGAUCCGGAAUGCUUGCGUUGGACACCAUUGCUCACGCCCGCUUUGCAUAUGCUAAAGAGUGACUCUGAAGAUGAAUCGAUGCACAUGCAAAUCGAUGAUAACAACAAAAGUACCUCGCCCGAUCUAACAUUGGCCGAAGUUGCCAACAAACGCAUGAGAGGCUCGAAAAAACUGCAGCAGCCACCACCAACCGCGUCGACAACAACGCCAACGGCGAACAACAUUCUAAACAAAAAGCCAUUGGGUCGACCAUCACGAAAAUCCGAAGCAGCAGCUGUUCAAAAGGUUGAAAAGCCGCAAUUCGAAACGCCGCCAAGUACAGCGACCCAGAUUGAGAUCACAUCAUCUGGUCGUCGUCGAAUACGUCCAAUGAAAUUCAAUGAUUUCGCCGAUAUCAAGCCGAAAAGUGCAUCGAAUGAGAGUUUAGUAGCGCGCCAUACGCAACCGGAGCUGGAAACGCCGCCGGUCAAAGAGCGUCGCCGUCGUCGUCGUGGCGAUCGUGAAGUGAUUGAAAUGGGUUCACCACUCAAAGACUACGAUGAGACCAAGCGAACGCGAUACCAUGCCAACUCGGCGAAAUUAGAAGGUGAAGAACGAGCGCCAAAGCGAAAGAUUUCGCUAAACGAGGAUGAAAUCGAUGUGACCGUGCACAAGCGACAGCGAAUGACGCGUGAAACGAGUGGAGCGACAACGCCAACGAGGCACACACGAGGCCGUUCAAUAACAGUCGGUACCAAUGUCAAAGACGAUUUACCAAUUGAACCGGAAAAGACGCACAAACGACGUCGAACGACUGGCAUCCAAUCGAUCGAUGAACCAACCACUUUGGAGCACAUUCAAAUCAAAGAGGAACCGCGAACAAAUCAAGAGCUAACACGAUUUGGCAAAUUGAUAUCGUCAGCGGAAAAAUCGCAUCGUGAAAAUCGUUUGGUUGCCCAACCGUUGAUAAAAUCGGAACAAAUCGAAGCACCGCGUCGUGGUCGCAAACCGAAGCCAAAACAGCCAGUAUUUGAAUCGGACACACAAUCCGAAUCGACAGAUGCCGGUCGAAAAUUUCCGAAAGUGGGUCGACCACCACGCAAUGCACGACCUAAACCUAACUACUCGAACGAACGACGAUCAUCGAGGAAUUUGAGUACACAGGAACAACCGAAUUCACCUUUGACUGGAGCCAGUACUGAGCCAUCGGGCGAUGAGUGUCUCAAGUCUAGCGAUAAACGUACCGGACGUCGUCAUCCACGACGAAGCAGUGGUGCUCAUGACGAACAAGAGAUGAUGCAACCACCAGUCGUUGAAAAUCAUUCGGAAGAUGAUAUUGACAGCGUUAUCGAAGAUGAACCGGUGAGUUUGAGGAAAAACAAAACGAAAUUGGCCGAUAUAUUUACAAAGGCGGCGGGAAAACGGGGCAAAAGAAAGCGUAGCUCACCAAUUGUGCCGCACAAUCCAAGCAAAAUCCAUGGACAUCGAACUUCGGGCCGUAUUGCUGCCGCUGCUGCUAAACGACAACCAAGCCCAUCGUCUGAUGGACAUUACGCUUCGACGCCACAUCAUUCACAUGGCGGUGGAGGCACCAGCAGCGAUGACCAACAAUUUUCCAAUAAGAAACAAAUGACACUACCCGAAAUGAUGCAAAUGCAAAAGGCCAAGAAUAGCGCAACGGAACAAAGACCGAUUCGUCUCAAUCCAACUGUUGAUCUCACAAAAGAGACGCUUGAAAUUGUCAAGCCUGAUACAUCGGGGAAAUCACAAGUUCUAGCACAGCCCGUCGAAUGUGUGACACCGAUCAAAGAGGAAACCAAGCCGAUAGCCACAACACCCAAGUUGCGUGGCAAACGGAAUGUCAACCAGGCGCCAGAGUGUGAGAAACCGCAUGAUGAGUACUCGGCCGAAGCCGACGAUGAAAUGGAAGAAGAGAUAAAAUUGUGCAAUAAGAAAAAGCUAAUGGUUGCACUGAAGGACAUCAAUGCCGAUAAAAAAUUGGUCGAAGGAUCGUCGGUGAAAAUGUUCUCGUUGGAACAACGUGACAAAUCAUUGGUCAGUUCCGUAUCGGUGGCAAGUGUUUCGACAGCGCCAAAGAUCGAUGUGGUUCAAAGUAGCGCCGCAGUGGUUGAAAAAGUGGCACCACCUUCGGUGGAAUCCAUAAGCGAUCGACACUCUGUUGCUGUAGCAAAGAAGACGAAGAAACAAAAGAUUAUCGAAAAUGAUGAUGAACCGCUUGAAAUGAGUGUGAUCGAAGAGCGAAAGCGUAAUGAGUUCAAGCCAUCGAAUGAUCGUUUGGAAGAGGUGCGAUCGUAUGACAGUGAACGCAAGGAGAAGGAUCAAAAAUCUGAGGAAAAAGACACAACGAAAAACAAUAAAACCGCGUUCACCACGGCUGUGGAACCGAAAAUUGAACGGCCACAACCGCCUCCGCCGCCGCCGCCGUUGCCCGAAAAAGAAGAUGAUGCGAACGAAUUGGGCAGCGAUGAUAUGGAAAUAUGCGAUGAUACGACCAAUACCACACCAGCGUAUGAACCACCAAAAUUCUCUUCACCACCAAAAAGCCAAUACCCGUCAAAGUUGGACAGUGAUACAGUGUCUGCGCCAACGCAGCCAGCACUACCAGUACAAGUGCAACGAGAUUCGGUGGAAAAAGAAGCAACCGCUUUGAAACCAACCAUUUCGAAUGAGCCAAAAGUCAGUGAAGUGCGACCGUAUUCAAGUACCUCACCAACAAAACCUCAUGAGAAGUGGACGGCAAAUGAACGAUUACAUUCAGAAUCAUCGUCAUCAACAUCGCAUGAGGUGAAAAGUGUUGUGGUCAAAACCAACGAAAGCGUUGAGGAACGGUUGUCACCAAUAAAAAAUGCAACGUUAUCAACGGUGACAACUGUUAUCGGUCCGGAUAAAGUGCAAGAGAAUGUGGUUAAGUCACCGAUUGUUGAGCUCCGGCCGAAUGUCAUUGUCGACGCGCAAAGUGAAACACCUCAAGAGCCACCAGUCAAUCAGCAGCAGCAGCAACAACAACCGCAGCAGGUGUCGCCGGUCAAGAGCGACAAAGCCGCCGAAGAGCAACAAGUAAAAGAGAAACACGUGUCACCGGUGAAGCUGUCACCAACGAUUGUGAAUCCGAAAACCAGUCCAACAGUUCGCCAACCAAGCAUUGAAUCGAAUGUACCGAUUAAAAUUGAUACAGCAUCUGAUAAAGAGACCAGCCCAAGUAAAAAUAUCCGGAUCAAUUCUGCGUCGGAUCUCGAACCCGAUGCCGAUGUGAGCAAAUCCAAGGUGGCCACGAAUCGAACGGAACACAUUUCACCACGUGAAAAGGCACAACAAUGUCAAGCAGCCGCUGCCACUGCCGCAGCAGCUGUUGUCCAACAGUCGAGCCCGGAAAAAGCGCGUGAUUCCAAGAACAGUGUGAUUAAAUCGGUGAUCGAACCGCUGAAUACAGUGCCAAGUGUGGAUUGUGUGCCAUUGAGCGGUUCAACGGUGGGUGUGUCAAAAAACGAUGAAACCAAAACGACAACGCAGGAUUUUUGUCAACGCAUUGAUCCAAACAAAACACCACAGUGUGUAGGUAAUUCGGAUGGCAAAGUGGAAACGAAGCAUGAACCAUUCAAAAUGGAUCACAGUUCACCACCCGCAUCAUCAUCAAUGUCGUCGACAACGUCGUCGUCGUCGUCGUUGGCAGUAGAAAAACCGUUACAUGGCGUGCCGGAAACGGUGAAAACACAACCCAAAGACACUGGCAUCAUUCAACCGAAAGAGGAACCAAAUCGCAUGGAAAGCACCACGCCCGGCCCAAAUUCGGCCAAUGGCAAUCAACCGCCAAGUGAAUCCAGCAAGAAUCGGUACAAACAACAACAGGCGAGUGCAAAGCAAAGCCAUUCGUCGAAUAGCAAAAGUCAAAGCAGCGGCACCGAUCACAAGAAGAACACAUCGAGCAGUUGCAGUCAAACGUCACACUUUGAUAUAAAACGUGAAUCAAAAACGGAUAUAAAAACAAAAUCUGGCUACGGCAAUGAGAGUACAAUGCGACGCGAAUCACCGACCAAACGUGAAUUGACCAAACAAUCGACUGGUUAUGGUUCGUCAUCGAUGUCAUCCGGAUCGUCGUCGUCAUCGUCAAAAAACUUUUCAAAUGAAUCGACAUCAAUGUCCGGAUCGAAAUCGUCUAUGUCGAGCGGCUUGGGUUCAACACAAGGCAGUGCUAGUGUUGGUGGUGAAAAGAAGCACGGCAGUGCCGAAAAGAAAUCAACAUCCGGCGAAAAGAAGUCAAACAGUGCGGAAAAGAAAGCACCCGAAAUGCGCGGCAAUCUCGAUGCUGAUCUCAAUAAGAUGCGACCACAGUUUGCCAUGAAUCAAUUGCCCAACUAUCACACGGCACAUCAGUAUUACAAUAUAUCACCGUGGGACGCAUACAAUUAUCACUCGGGCUAUAAUAUGCAUUUGGAUCCAACCACACAAAAAUCACCCACCAAAUUUCAUAAAGAUUUGGCCAAUUCCAUGUACGGUGGCAUGACAUCCAAUUAUUUGGCCGCCAAUUCACUUGCCGCUCAACAGCAGCAACAACAACAGCAACAGAAUCAACAACAAAUCCAAUCGAAUCUACAGUAUCAACAUCAGCAACAGCUACAACAGUCAACGAGCAACCAAAAUAUCCAGCAUCAAUUGCAGCAUCAGCAAAAUCAGCAGCAAAUUCAAUCGAAUUUGCAAUUGCAACACCAUCAACAACAGCAGCAACAGCCGCCGCCUCAGCAUAAUAAUCAAAUGCACAACCGUGAUAAGACGUCGUCAUCGUCACAGCCGCGAAAGAGUUCCAGCCAUGAGCAAAAGCAUUCCAACAAAAGUAUUAAAGAGGAGCACAUGAACAAAACCAAGGACUCGGCAUCGAUGUAUGCAAAUCAAAUAAACAAAGCCAAAAACCACCAUCAAAAGGGUCACAAUGAGAAGGCGCACGCAAAUCUACAGAAUAAUUUGAGUCCAUCACCGCAUAUGGUGCAAAAUCAAAAUGCCAUGAAUGCUAUACCACCGCAAUCGAAUAAUUUGCUAAAUGCCAACAAUGCGCUCAAUCCGAAUAUGAUGCAAUCGACGAAAAAUAGUUCGUUGGCCGUUGAUCCGAAUCAGCAUCACAUUCAAAAUGCGCAUCAUCAGCAAGAUUUGACGGGUAACACGACACCAAACAGCAAUACGACCGAACUGAAACAGCACACCUCACCAGCCGCUGACAUUCCAUCGAUGGGUGUGUACACACCGGAUUCCACCACAAAUUCGGUACACAGUUUGCAUCACUAUAGCCAAUGUGAUUUGGAUGUUGCACAUUUGGGCCUUGAAUCACCGGCCAGCAUCGCUAGCGAUAUUGCGUCACAGAAUUCCGUGGAAAAUGUUCGACCGCCAAGCGUUGUGUCACAUCCACAAAUGAACCAAUUCUCCGACUGUUCGAUCCAACAACAGCAAGCCAACCAGGCACAUCUACACAUGGCCAUACAACACCAUCAACAGCAGCAACAGCAACAAUCGAAUCCCGGACGCGGUUAUCAACUUGGACCAAACGAUAUGGUCGCAAUCAAUAAUCAUCAACAGAAACAGACCAAAUUCAACGAUUUUCUAACAACUCAUUUGUUAUUUCAGCAGCAGCAGCAUAUGGUUGCUCAGCAAGUUCGUGCCACGAACAAUCGUUCGACAACGCCAAAGGCACGAAAUACCUCGACGCCUGGCUUACAACAGCAACACGCUUCACAACGAGCACGAACUGCCACACCAAAUCAUACUGUGCAACAGCAAAUGGUCAGCCCGGGAGCAGGUCAACAAAUCCAGCAGAUGUCAAUGCAACAACAGGUGCACUUGCAACAUCAGCAAGCUCAAAAUCAACAUCAAGCGCAGCAAGUUCAUCAGCAGCAAAGCCUUGAUGUCCAGCAAAUCGAUCAGUAUAACAAUCAUUUGUCGGGAGCAGUGCACGGACAUCAUCAGGUGAUGCACCAGCAGCACGAUUAUUUGGGCGUGCCACAAAUGGGAUCGGCACAGAAUUAUGCGGCCCAAUCGCCAAAUUCGUAUGGAACAUUGCCCAUGACAUCGGUCAUUCAACAUCGUAUGUCUGGCAAUCAUUCCAAUUUAACGACACACAAUCCAUUGCCUAGUCCACAUCAACGAUUGGGACCAUCACCAUCGUCAUGCUCUGUUGGUUCAAACUUUUAUGGUCAAAGUCCAAACGUUCCACCAGUAUCACACACGCCGGUUCCAACGCCGACUCCAACACCUUCUGUGACGCCAACGCUGCAGCAAAUGAACGCAUCGGUUGGUUCAAAUAAUGGUGGUGCGACUGGAAACAAUGCCAACUUAGCAAAUCCAUGCGUUGAAUCGCGAGCUGGAAAUGUAUCGAGCCUGUCAAAACUGCAGCAAUUAACAAAUGGAUUGGAUAUCGUGCAGCCGUGCAAUACGCCGCCAGCGGCUUCAAUAAACCUAACGCCAUCGCCGAAUCAUCAUCCGCACAAUACGAUGACACCGCCGCCAGCGUCACAUUUGGUCAAUCAGAAUCGUAAUUUGCCAACGCCACCGAGUGCCGCUCAAAUUCCAUCGAUACCCUAUCACAAGUACCAUUAUUCUAGUAAUAUUUCGCAUAUGCCACCGAAUCCAAGUCCAAAUUUACCACCGAAUUUACCAUCAAAUUUGGCACCAAACACGCAACGAUCGCGAACAGCACGAAAUACACCUUCGGCAAAUCUAAUCUCACCCUAUGGUUCGGCAUUGAAUGGUUAUCGAAUGACCACACAACAGCCAAGUAGCUAUAUUGCCAAUUCAGCGGCCGGUUUUAAUCCGGGCCAAUUACAAAUCACCAACAUGGCCAAUGUAAUGAACAUGCAGUCACAGUAUCAGGAUCCGGCUGCGUUGCAACGUGCCGCAGCUGUUCAACAAAAUUCCAUGUACUCCACCUAUCCAUAUAUGCUGAAUGCAAAUCCGAUGCGCAGAUGAGGUCAGGUUUGCGUGAAGAUCGAAGAUACGUGCGACGAUGAUUUCUAGCCAUCACUUCAAGCCACACAAAUCGAUGAAGACUUGACAAACUUCAGCCAUUGACAUCGUUUUUCUCAAUUUAUGACACAUGAACUAUGACACGCCAUCAUCCAAUGAAAUAUUCCAAACGAAUAUGAUGAUGAAAUGAAGGGGAAACAGCUUUAGAGAAACAAAAUUUAACAAACACAAAACAAAAAUAACCGAAAAAGAGAAAAAUCAUGAAACAAAGUCACAUAAAAAACAAUCCAUUCAUAAGACAACUGUCGAAGAAUAUGUUGUUAUGUAUUUUAAAUGAGAGCAACAAAACUGUAAAUAAUUAUGUAUUUAAGCAGGAACACGAAACAAAAAAUUGGCAAAAGAUGAAUGCGACAAUUUUGAAAGAAGUAAGGAAAA